UGUGUGCGCGCGCGCGCGCGAGUGUGUCUCUGUGUGUGUGUGUGGUGUGCUUUCUUGUUCUUACAGGGUACAAUGUUAAAAAGCCACCGCUAGUCGCCCCCAGUGCUCCGACUCUCUGGGUCUUUUUGUCUCUAGUGCAGAUUAAACGUCACGUCCGCACUUGAACUUGAAUUUUAUCCCAUUGUACAGAGGCAGCCCCAGCCAUAGAGAGACCGAGAGCUCCCAGAGAACCCGGACUCCGCCAUCUUCACGUUGCAAUCUAUAGCUCCCAGUCCGCGCCCGCACCGACCCAGGCGCACUGGGCGAGCCGCCCCGCAGCCCAGCUCCCCCCGGGCCCGCGGCGCCAGGGGAGCGCUGGGGAGCGCUCGCGGGGACCCGGCAGCCUCUCCGGCCGGCGCCAGCCUGCCAGGUGAACUGGGAAGGAGCCGCUCCUGGAGUCCCCCCAGAGCCUCGGAAGGGUCAGUCUCCGAGAAAAAAACAGGCAGCCCGCAGAAAGCCCAGAAACAACCGAACCGGGGCAGUUUUACAUUGCUUUGGGUUUUUGGAGGGGGCGGGGUGAAGGGGUACGAGACAAGUCCCCAAGUUUUCUUUGCUUUUUUCCUUUUCUUUUUCUUCUUUUAUUUUUUUAUUUGUUUGCAUUUUUUUCCUCCCCCCUCCUCCCUCCUGGUAGAAGUGCGCUUUCCACCUACCAGACCCUGAAAGAAAGUGUCAGGAGCCGGUGCAAAAUCCGGUUUAAGUUCAAGAAGACAUUUGGAAGUCCAGGAGGCCAAGCAGUUUGAAGAAGUGUAAGCAAUUUUUUUUCCUUGAAAAGAAUAUAUUUUUUAAGAAACCAGCCAGUCCGCGGCAAGCAACAGCAGAUUUUUUUUUUUUUUGCUUUUCUCCUAUUUUAGAUCGAGAGGUUUUUCUUUUCCUUUUUCCUUCUCUUUUUCCUUUUUGCAAACAAAACAAAAAACAGCAUAGAAGAAAGCGCAAAAUAAAGAAGAAGAAGAGGAGGAAGAGAGGGCAAGAGAGGAAGGAAAAAAAAAAAGAAAAACCAAAACACCAACCCGGGCAGAGGAGGAGGCGCGGCGGCGGCGGCGGCGGCAGCGGCGGCGGCGGCGGCGGCGGCAGCGGCGGCGGCUCGGACCCCCUCCCCCGGCUCCCCCCAUCGGUGCAGCUCUCCGGGCGAUGCCAGAAUAGAUGCCGGGGCAAUGUCCCGCCGCAAACAGGGCAACCCGCAGCACUUGUCCCAGAGGGAGCUCAUCACCCAGCCCGAGCAUGUGGAGGCCGCCAUCCUCGAAGAAGACGAGGGUCUGGAGAUAGAGGAGCCCAGCAGCCUGGGGCUGAUGGUGGGUGGCCCCGACCCUGACCUGCUCACCUGUGGACAGUGUCAGAUGAACUUCCCCCUGGGGGACAUCCUGGUUUUUAUAGAGCACAAGAAGAAGCAGUGUGGCAGCAGCCUGGGUGCCUGCUACGACAAAGGCCUGGACAAGGGCAGCCCGCCGCCCUCCUCACGCUCUGAGCUCAGGAAAGUGUCCGAGCCGGUGGAGAUUGGGAUCCAGGUCACCCCUGAUGAAGAUGACCACCUGCUCUCCCCCACGAAAGGCAUCUGCCCCAAGCAGGAGAACAUUGCAGGGCCGUGCAGGCCUGCCCAGCUGCCAGCGAUGGCCCCCAUAGCUGCCUCCUCCUCCCACCCUCACACAUCCGUGAUUACUUCACCUCUGCGCGCCCUGGGCGCUCUGCCGCCCUGCUUCCCCCUGCCGUGCUGCAGCGCGCGCCCUGUCUCGGGUGACGGGACUCAGGGUGAGGGUCAGACGGAGGCUCCCUUUGGAUGCCAGUGUCAGUUGUCAGGUAAAGAUGAGCCUUCCAGCUACAUUUGCACAACAUGCAAGCAGCCCUUCAACAGCGCGUGGUUCCUGCUGCAGCACGCGCAGAACACGCACGGCUUCCGCAUCUACCUGGAGCCCGGGCCGGCCAGCAGCUCGCUCACGCCGCGGCUCACCAUCCCGCCGCCGCUGGGGCCCGAGGCCGUGGCCCAGUCCCCGCUCAUGAAUUUCCUGGGCGACAGCAACCCCUUCAACUUGCUGCGCAUGACGGGCCCCAUCCUGCGGGACCACCCGGGCUUCGGCGAGGGCCGCCUGCCCGGCACGCCGCCGCUCUUCAGCCCGCCGCCGCGCCACCACCUGGACCCGCACCGCCUCAGCGCCGAGGAGAUGGGGCUCGUCGCCCAGCACCCCAGUGCCUUCGACCGAGUCAUGCGCCUGAACCCCAUGGCCAUCGACUCGCCCGCCAUGGACUUCUCGCGGCGGCUCCGCGAGCUGGCGGGCAACAGCUCCACGCCGCCGCCCGUGUCCCCGGGCCGCGGCAACCCUAUGCACCGGCUCCUGAACCCCUUCCAGCCCAGCCCCAAGUCCCCGUUCCUGAGCACGCCGCCGCUGCCGCCCAUGCCCCCCGGCGGCACGCCGCCGCCCCAGCCGCCGGCCAAGAGCAAGUCGUGCGAGUUCUGCGGCAAGACCUUCAAGUUCCAGAGCAAUCUCAUCGUGCACCGGCGCAGCCACACGGGCGAGAAGCCCUACAAGUGCCAGCUGUGCGACCACGCGUGCUCGCAGGCGAGCAAGCUCAAGCGCCACAUGAAGACACACAUGCACAAGGCGGGCUCGCUGGCCGGCCGCUCUGAUGACGGGCUCUCGGCCGCCAGCUCCCCGGAGCCCGGCACCAGCGACCUGGCCGGCGAGGGCCUCAAGGCGGCCGACGGCGACUUCCGCCACCACGAGAGCGACCCGUCGCUGGGCCACGAGCCCGAGGAGGAGGACGAGGAGGAGGAGGAGGAGGAGGAGGAGCUGCUGCUGGAGAACGAGAGCCGGCCCGAGUCGAGCUUCAGCAUGGACUCGGAGCUGAGCCGCAACCGCGAGAACGGCGGCGGCGGCGGCGGGGUGGCCGGGGUGGCCGGGGUGCCGGGCGCGGGCGGCGGCGUGGGCGGCGCGGCCAAGGCGCUGGCCGACGAGAAGGCGCUGGUGCUGGGCAAGGUCAUGGAGAACGUGGGCCUGGCCGCGCUGCCGCCCUACGGCGAGCUGCUGGCCGACAAGCAGAAGCGCGGCGCCUUCCUGAAGCGCGCGGCGGGCGGCGGCGGGGACCCGGGCGACGACGACGACGCGGGCGGCUGCGGCGACGCGGGCCCCGGCGGCGGCGCGGUCAACGGGCGUGGCGGGGGCUUCGCGCCGGGCGCCGAGCCCUUCCCGGGCCUCUUCCCGCGCAAGCCGGCGCCGCUGCCCAGCCCCGGGCUCAACAGCGCGGCCAAGCGCAUCAAGGUGGAGAAGGACCUGGAGCUGCCGCCCGCCGCGCUCAUCCCGUCCGAGAACGUGUACUCGCAGUGGCUCGUGGGCUACGCGGCGUCGCGGCACUUCAUGAAGGACCCCUUCCUGGGCUUCACGGACGCGCGCCAGUCGCCCUUCGCCACGUCGUCCGAGCACUCGUCCGAGAACGGCAGCCUGCGCUUCUCCACGCCGCCCGGGGACCUGCUGGACGGCGGGCUGUCGGGCCGCAGCGGCACGGCCAGCGGGGGCAGCACGCCGCACCUGGGCGGCCCGGGCCCCGGGCGGCCCAGCUCCAAGGAGGGCCGGCGCAGCGACACGUGCGAGUACUGCGGCAAGGUGUUCAAGAACUGCAGCAACCUGACGGUGCACCGGCGGAGCCACACCGGCGAGCGGCCUUACAAGUGCGAGCUGUGCAACUACGCGUGUGCGCAGAGCAGCAAGCUCACGCGCCACAUGAAGACGCACGGGCAGAUCGGCAAGGAGGUGUACCGCUGCGACAUCUGCCAGAUGCCCUUCAGCGUCUACAGCACCCUGGAGAAACACAUGAAAAAGUGGCACGGCGAGCACUUGCUGACUAACGACGUCAAAAUCGAGCAGGCCGAGAGGAGCUAAGCGCGCGCGCGUGCGCACCGGGCCCGGGCCCUCCCCGCGCACCUGUACAGUCGCCCCCGUCGCCAAGCGAGAGAAUGCUGACCUGACACUCGCCUCCGCGUCAUCACCGCCGCUCGGCGCCCCCCGUGAGUCCCCGGGGCCCAGGGGAGGCGGCCCUCCAACCUAACCUGUGUCCGCGAAGUCCUAUGGAAACCCGAGGGUUGAUUAAGGCAGUAAAAAUUGUGGAGCCUUUUAACUGUGCAAUAAUUUCUGUAUUUAUUGGGUUUUGUAAUUUUUUUUUGGCAUGUGCAGGUACUUUUUAUUGUUAUUCUUUCUGUUGAAAUUCCUUUAGGAGAUUUUGUUGGGUAUCCAUCCCUUCUUCAGUUGGUUUUUGUUUUGUUUUGUUUUGUUUUUGUUUUUUAACCCAGUAGUAGCCUGAGCGAUGACUCCAGAGCUAUGUAGAGGGGGAGCAUAUCUUUUAAAUUAUAAUUUGGGGGGCGGGGAGGGUGCUGCUUUUUUGAAAUCUAAGCUAAGCAUGUGCAAUUUCUUGUGAAGAAGCCAACACUUAAAUAACUUUUAAAGUUGUUUACUUCUUUUAUUCCUUCCUUUUUUUUUUUUUUUGUCCUGAAAUAAAAAGUGGCAUGCAUUUUUUUUUUGGCGGGGUCGGGGGGGGGGGCGGGGGGAGGCGGGGUGUGGAUGUACGCGGAUAACAAUCUUAAAGUUGUAGCACUUUGUUUCAGAAUUGGAAAGGAGAUGUAGCACUGAUGAUGUCCCGAGUAACAGAGGCCUUUUCUGUGUUCACUUCAACCUUGCAAUACCUAAGGUAACCUUUGAGUGGUGGCGGAGAGGCCCCCUGGAAAACUCAGCACUGCCAGACAAACAGGAGUUUUUGAGGGCUGCCCCUGGGAAAUGGCCCAAGAACAUUCUCAAAUCGUGCGUUCCCAGCAGAUCCCAUCCUUUUCUUGGAAUGUCCGUGUGCCCUGGGAUGCCAUCCCUGCUAUUUGCCAUAGAUCAGACUACAUAAAAUGGGCUCAGGGUACUUCUGGGGGUCGAUGGUGGUGGCCUGCAGUGACACAGAAAGGAAAGAAACCAGCGGUGUUCUUUCAGGCUUCUGGCUGGACAGCUUCUCUCUCCCUUUUUAUCACCCCCACCACAGAAACCCUAAGUCAUACGUUGCUACCAGUGACAACUGAUCAUUUCCCACGCAGGCAAGAGUCCUGAUGGUGAAUUGAGGGGAGCUAGUAUUCUCUCAUGUGAUGCACACUGAUGACAUUGUAUGGAUGGGGGGGACAUCUUGCCAAUUUCAGUUCCCUUUUACUGGAAAACGGGAAGAGUUCCAUCCAAAGGUGCCCAGCGCUACUUCCCAGGUUUGCUUUUUUUUUUUUUUCUCUCCCAUUAGGUUGAAAGGUAUUAAACUUUGGACUGUUAAGAUUAGACAUUUGAAUUCUGUUGACCCGCACUUUAAAGCUUUUGUUUGCAUUUAAAUUAAAUGGCUUCUAAACAAGAAAUUGCAGCAUCUUCUUCUUUUUGGCCCAGAGGUGGGUUAAACUGUAAGGGAUGGCUGAGAUUGAGUGUCAGUGUUGCUAAGCGUGGCAUUCACAAUACUGGCACUAUAAAGAACAAAAUAAAAUGAUAAUUUAUUGGACAGUUUUUCUACUGCCAUUCAAUUUGAUGUGAGUGCCUUGAAAACUGAUCUUCCUAUUUGAGUCUCUUGAGACAAAUGCAAAACUUUUUUUUCUUGAAAUGAAAAGACUUUUUAAAAAAAAGUAAAUGAGAAAAGUACAUUUCUUUAGAAACAAACAAAGCCACAUUUACUUUAAAUAAAUUUUCAAAAAUCCUGGUUGAAGACAUGAAAAUGCCAUAAGACCCAAUCAAAUGAAGAAAUAAACCCAGCACAACCUUGGAUAUCCAUUAGCUGAAUUAUCCUCAGCCCCUUUUGUCUGUGGGACAACGCUGCUUAGAUGUGGAGUGGAGGUGAUUUACUGCUGAAUUAAAACUCAAGUGACACAAGGUACAAGUCGAUAUCGUUGAAUGAAAAACAAAACAAAAACAAUUCAGGAACAACGGCUAAUUUUUUUCUAAAGUUAAAUUUAGUGCACUCUGUCUUAAAAAUACGUUUACAGUAUUGGAUACAUACAAGGGUAAAAAAAAAUUGUGUGUAUGUGUGUUGGAGCGAUCGUUUUUUUUCAAAGUUUGCUUAAUAGGUUAUAAAAAAUGCCACAGUGGCUGCGUGUAUAUUGUUUUCUUUUGGUGACGGGGUUUUAGUAUAUAUUAUAUAUAUGAAAAUUUCUUGAUUACUGUAAAAGUGGACCAGUAUUUGUAAUAAUCGAGAAUGCCUGGGCAUUUGACAAAACAAGAAAAAAAAAAAAACCCUUUUCUUUUCCUUGAAAAUGUUGCAGUAAAAUUUAAAUGGUGGGUCUAUAAUAAUUUGUUCUUGUCACAGUAACUGUAAAGUCGGAGUUUUAGUAAAUUUUUUUCUGCCUUGGGUGUUGAAUUUUUAUUUCAAAAAAAUGUAUAGAAACUUGUAUUUGGGGAUUAAAAGGGGAUUGCUACACCAUGUAGAAAAAGUAUGUAGAAAAAAAAGUGCUUAAUAUUGUUAUUGCUUUGCAGAGAAAAAAAAUCCACAUUUCUGAUCUGUACUUAUUUUUCUCCUCCCACCUCCCUCUGGAAUGGAUAUAUUGGUUGGUUCAUAUGAUGUAGGCACUUGCUGUAUUUUUACUGGAGCUUGUAAUUUUUUAACUGUAAGCUUGUCCUUUUAAAGGGAUUUAAUGUACCUUUUUGUUAGUGAAUUUGGAAAUAAAAAGAAAAAAAAAAAACAAAAA